AAAAAUAUUUUAAAUAGCAAAAUACACUAGGCAGGCCCCCGGAAUCACAGCUCACAGCUGGCAGAGUUGGUUUUGUGGUCUCAGAUUUGACGAUUUUCGCGAUGGCUAGCGAAAUGCUGCUGCAAAAAGCUUGCCGUGGAUUAGCUCUUCAGGCUCGAGGAAUUCACGUUUCGGCCGCUGCGAGUUCUGCCGCCCGUACAAAAAAGUUCCAAAUCUAUCGAUGGAACCCGGACAAGCCGAACGAAAAGCCUUCCAUGCAAGAGUACGCCGUGGACCUCAACAAGUGUGGUCCAAUGGUCUUGGACGCCCUGAUUAAAAUAAAAAACGAGGUCGAUCCCACCCUGACCUUCCGCAGGUCGUGUCGUGAGGGCAUUUGCGGCUCUUGCUCGAUGAACAUCGGCGGAGUCAACACCCUCGCCUGCAUCACCAAAAUCGACGACAACCUGUCCAAGCCCGCCAAGGUGUACCCUCUGCCGCACAUGUACGUGGUCAAGGACCUGGUGCCUGACAUGAACAACUUCUACGAGCAGUACAGGUCCAUUCAGCCCUGGCUGCAGCGCAAGGACGAAUCUCGAAAGGGCAGCCAGCAGUACCUGCAGAGCGUGGAGGACCGGCAGAAACUGGAUGGACUGUAUGAGUGCAUUCUGUGCGCUUGCUGCAGCACAUCGUGCCCUUCGUACUGGUGGAAUGGAAACAAGUAUCUCGGCCCUGCUGUGCUCAUGCAGGCCUACCGGUGGAUCAUUGACUCGAGAGAUGAGGUGACUGCCGAGCGCCUCGACCGGCUCAAGGACCCCUUCUCCGUGUACAGGUGUCACACCAUCAUGAACUGCACGAGAACUUGCCCGAAGGGACUGAACCCUGGCAAGGCGAUCGCGGAGAUCAAGAAGCUCUUGGCCGGAAUCAGCAAGAAGGGUACCCCCGGCUUGGACACGACUGCGUUGCAACGACAGUAAUUCACCAAAUCUUACCCGUGUUGUAGAUAUUAAAACUGUUGUAAAGAUUUUAAUUAUGGUGCGAAGGAGAAACAACUACUGUCGUUAAUUAUAAAACAUAAACACAAUUGCUGAGUAAUA